CGCAGCGGUGGAGCGGGGAGACGCUGUGCAGCCAAGGCGGUAGACCAGUCACGAGUCUGAAGCAUCCAGCAUCAUGGCACCUAUACACGGCAGCCGCAUGCACUAAAGCAGUCACAGUCACCAGUCACGAUUCAUGGGCCAAGGACCACCGCUGCGCCACGAGACGGUGCCGAAAAAAAAGGAGCGUUUGACAUCAGCCACCAGCAUGCUGAUGGUCAGCACAAGCAGACACCUGCAUGCGCUUGUAACACACAGCAGCAGCAGUUGGAAGCCUGCUGACUGUAAGCCCACAGCUUAGCCUAAUUAGCUUGGCAUUCUCGACUCCAAUUGAAUGGUCGAGCUUUGGGACGCCCACAAGUCAUUAGUGAGUGGCUUCAAUUCUUCUUAGGCUCCCCGGAUCACUCUAUCAGAUGGGCUUGGCAAGCAGAUGUGCCUCAACGCACGAUCCCGAAAGAGCGUCACAAGGGGCUGUGCAUCGUCAGUGCCAGUAUCACACGCGAAGCCCAUUCUUGACACACCAAACGCUUUCACAAUUGUGAGUUCAGCACUUGUGCUUCCCGGACGGAAGUCAUUUAACAGACGUCGAGCGGAGGCAUGGAGCACAUGCACGUUCGAUGCGGUACCAACCUUAACAAGCCGGAACGGUGGGCCGGACCUCUGCACAAUCAAAAUCAAGCAUGGUACCUCGAUAGACACCCUUGGCUAUGAAAGCACGAGACCAGCCAGUGCCAACUCACGACCGACUUUGAUGCAACGUACCAAGUCCAAUGCGCACUCAAUCAUGCCGAACCGAACAUUACUAUCCGUCGCGCAUGAUCUCCAAAUCCCAUCCCUAGUUCCAAGAGUUCAUCCGGCUCCGACCACGCACACAGACGCCAAUGCAGGCAAAUGGGCCGAUUGCGCAUCCUCUUGCUCCUGUGAGAAUUGGCCUGCGGCCCACGUAGACGCAGCUUUCCGCAGUCAUCAACGCAGAACAAAUAGAUGGCCGCGCACAGCAGCCUGGAGUGGGCUUGUUUGAACGAGCCGCCUCGAGAGUGUGAUAUUGCGAUAUCGCCGAUGGUGGUACAAUGCAGGGGCGGCAGCAGAACGUCGAAGCAGGGAGCAGUCGCAGAGGGC